AGGCACUACCGCGCAACUUCAACAAAUACGCCACCUCUAGUGUGUUUGAUAGUGGUGGUCGGUCUAUUCAGAAACGCGGGAUCUAACUGACUGACAAAGGUUAGAUCAACUCCUUAAUAGCAUCGAUCUUCACUAUGGCUGAACAACGGACAUUUUGUCACUAAUGGGCGAGGUCUCGUCUUUAUGAAAAUUUCUACAGAAAGCUUAGUUUUAACAUCUGGAGCAUACCGUCAUCAUGAUGGAGAAUGGAAAUCAACUUCCGAGUUCAAUCCAAGUGAUUGCUUAGUUUUUGCAGAUUGGCACUGUUCACUAUUCUCACAUGAUUUUCCAGCGUCUUAUUGUUUGGUCGGGUUGCUACAGGAAAAACACCUAAACUUUACAGCUCUGUCCAUGGGAUCGAAUGAUUCGUGGCUCUUUAUCGCAACACCUGAAUCCAUCAUCGUAAUUGAAAAGAAUCACGGGAAUAGCGUCUCUGCUGAUAUGUCUGUUGUUGAAGUAGCUUCAGAUGGUCAUAAUGUAUAUUGUGUGAAGGACGAAACUGUUAUCUUACUAAAAGUUUGUAAUUUUGGGAACAUUAUUUCAGUUGAUCGCCCACUUAGUUUAACAAUCAAAAUAAAAUCGAUAUCAUGUGGUCUAGGGUUUUUGCUAUGUUUAACAUUUUCAGGACAGGUGUUCAGUCAGGGUAUAGGAAGUCGAGGUCAAUUGGGUUUAGGUGAUUUAACUGAGAGAACUGAACUAACUAUAAUUGAAGCUUUACAAACAUUAACUGUUACUCGAAUUGCAGCAGGAAAUUGGCAUUCAGUAUGUUUGACUGAUACAGGAGACGUUUAUACUUGGGGUUGGAAUGAACAUGGUCAAUUAGGGCACAGAUCCCUUGGAAUCAGCAAUAAAUCAAAUUCUAUCACCGAGAAAGAACGGGAAAGUUGUGUAUCUGUCUUGGCUCUUCCUGCUCCUGUAGAUUUCCCUGAUAACCUACCUAUUUCACAAAUUGCCUGCGGUGGUUGUCACACAGUCUGUCUGACAGAAGAUGGUAUCCUGUUUUGUUUUGGCUGCAAUAAAUUUGGUCAGUUGGGAUUUAACUCAUCUAUGGAAGCUGUGGAUUCGCCAGUGAAACACCCACUCUUAACAGAUCAACAAUUGGAUUCCAAUAUGGUCAUAUCAUCUGUUUACUGUGGUUUAUGGUCUACAACUCUCUAUUUAAGCUCAAAAACCUGAUGUUUGCACGAAAUACUAAUGAUAUUUUUUAUGGAAAUAUUUUACAUGAACAAAUUUUCUAUGACCAGUUAGAAUUGAAGAUAAUUUAUUAAAAAAUUUUAACUGGAAAUCAUAAGUACCACUCAUAGAUGAAGUUCAAUUAUUUUGUAAAGAACAUAUUUUUAAAAACAUUGGUGAUUAUUCUAACUUAUGUAGUGAUUUCUAUAUGAGUCAAAAGAUGGUAGUUCAAAAUAUAAUUAUCCUAUAAAGUAA